UACUACAGUUUUGAACGUAUACCGUAUGCUUUGCCACCAUUGGGUGAAUUACGUUUUCGGGCUCCAAAACCGAUGACAGCAUGGAAACAUGUAAAGGAUUGCACUUGGCAUGGUCCAAAGGCCAUGCAACGAAAUCCCAUGGAUCCAAUGUCAAUUGAGGGAUCUGAAGAUUGUCUUUUCGUCAAUGUCUAUACAAAUAAUAUAAAACCGAUUAAACCUCGUCCCAUAAUGUUUUGGAUUCAUGGCGGAGGCUUUCAAUUUGGCGAGGCAAAUUGUGAACAAUAUGGCCCGGAUUAUUUCAUGAUGCAAGAUGUGGUGCUGAUCACCGUGCAAUAUCGUAUGGGAGCAUUAGGAUUCCUUAGCCUUAAUGAUCCCGGUUUACACACCCCCGGCAAUGCAGGCCUAAAAGAUAUUAUUCUCGCUUUGAAAUGGGUAAAACGAAACGCCACAAGCUUUGGUGGUAAUCCCGACUGUGUUACGGUAUUUGGUGAAAGUGCCGGAGCAGCAGCGGUUCAUUAUUUAAUGCUUUGCGAACAUGCCAGGGGUCUGUUCCAUCGUGCCAUACUGCAAUCGGGAACUGCUGUUAGUGAUUGGGCCAUUACAGAUUGCAGGGAACGAGCAUAUGCCCUGGCCAAAAAUGCCGGUUAUGAUGGCGAAUAUAAGGAACGGCAUAUUUUGAAAUAUUUACUAAAACUACCAGCCGAUGAAAUACUCAAAGCAGAGGCAAAAUGUCUGCAGCGUAAUGAUCGAGAAUUAUUUGGGUUUGCACCGUGCAUUGAACCGUACUUUACAGCCCAUACAGUAAUUUGCAAACCAGUGGAAGAGUUAAUGGCCCAUGCCUGGGGUAAUAGCAUACCAUUGAUUUUGGGAGCCAAUUCUCUGGAGGGACUAUUCUUUAAGAGGACUGCCCUCAAGAACAAAGCGGCAAUAUUGCAUAUUUUGGAAACCUGUGCCCAGUAUGUACCCAAAGCAGCGGCUGUACGACGUGAAAGUCCCGAAUGCAUUGACAAAGGCUUGAAGUUGCGUAAAAUUCACAUUAAAGGUCAACAGCCAACGCUGAAUGACUUUUAUGAGAUCAUUACAUUCUCGUAUUAUUGGCAUCCCAUACAGAAAGUCAUCGAGGCACGUUUAAAAUAUGCACGCAAAACUCCAACGUUCUUGUAUCGUUUCGAUUUCCAAUCAGAUAAACUUAUAACUCCUUUUCGUUUAAUGCGCAACCCAGACAUGGGUGCCGACACCCAGGCUGGGGAACAAAACGAAACCAGUGGUGUGGCACACACCGACGAACUGGCGUUUUUGUUUAGCAGUGUUCUGGCAGCGCCCAUGGAUCGCCAGAGUCGUGAAUAUGCCUGUUUGAAACGCAUGAUUUCACUGUGGACACAAUUUGCUGAGACAGGAAAUCCAAACAGUGCUAAAAUGCCAGAUAACAAAUGGCGUUCACUACACCACCGACACAACAACGAGGACGCGUACAAAUGUUUAAAUAUCGACGACGACUUAACAUUCAUCGAUUUGCCGGAAAUGGAAAAACUUAAAGUAUGGAAAAGUCUGUACGAAAUGCAUCGUACGAUGCCGGAAAGAGCCAGAACCGUGGAUUUAAUCGCUUUUGCACAAUCCUCAUUGUAGGA